AUGAGCUACCCAGGAUACCCUCAGUCCGGUGGAUACCCGCCACAAGCAGGGGGCUACCCACCUCAACAAGGGGCAUAUCCACCCCAAGCAGGCGGUUACCCUCCAGCAGCGGGUGGCUACCCUCCAGCAGCGGGCGGCUACCCUCCCGCAGCCGGGGGCUACCCUCCCCAGGCCGGCGGCUACCCUCCAGCAGCAGGCGGCUACGCUCCUGCAGCAGGCGGCUACCCCCAACAGGCAGGCGGCUACCCCCCACAGGCAGGCGGAUACCCACCUCAGGCUGGCGGUUACCCUCAAGCACCAGGUGGUUACCCUCAAGCAGCAGGGGGCUACCCUGCCCAGGCUGGUGGCUACCCUGCCCCGGCUGGAGGCUUCCCUCCCCAGGCAGGAGGAUACCAGUCACAGUCUGGAGCAGGAGGCUAUCCUUCCAUGCCUCCUGGAGGUGGAGGCUGGGGUGCAGCACCAGGCGGCCAUGGAGCGCCAGGAGGGGCUCAGCAGGGAUACCCAGGGGGCCCCGCCCCAGGCCAGCCCAUGCCAAAUUACCCCGGAGCCCCUGCGACUAACCCCUCAAUGCCUGGAUAUGGAAGUGGAGUCCCGUCCAACCAUCAUGCACCUGCUAUUUCUAAAGGAUACAGGGGUUCCUUAAAAGACUUUCCAGGGGCUGAUCCACUGAGGGAUGUUGAGGUUCUUCGGAAAGCGAUGAAGGGUUUUGGCACUGAUGAAAACGCCAUCACUGAACUUCUGGGAAGUCGUACCAACAAGCAGAGGGUUCCCAUGGUUGCAGCCUAUAAAACAACUUAUGGAAAGGAUUGGUUCCAUGAUCUGAAGUCUGAGCUCACUGGAAACUAUGAGAAACUGGUUAUCGCUAUGAUGAAGAGCCCUACACAAUUUGAUGCAUCUGAACUCAGAGAGGCUAUAAAGGGCGCAGGAACUGAUGAAGCUUGUCUGAUUGAGAUUCUUUCAUCACGCUCCAAUGCAGAUAUUCAUGAAAUCAACAGAAUCUACAAAUCUGAGUACGGGAAGAGCCUGGAGGACGCCAUCAGCAGCGACACCUCCGGUCACUUCCGCAGACUGCUGGUCUCUCUCUGUCAGGGAAAUCGUGACGAAAGGGAGAAUGUUGACGCCUCCCUGGCCAAACAGGACGCUCAGAAACUGUAUGCUGCUGGGGAAAAUAAAGUAGGAACUGAUGAGUCUCAGUUCAACGCCAUCCUGUGUGCUCGCAGCAAGCCUCACCUCCGAGCUGUCUUCCAGGAGUACCAGCAGAUGUGUGGCAGAGACAUUGAGAAGAGCGUCUGCAGGGAAAUGUCUGGCAAUGUGGAGUCUGGCAUGGUGGCUGUGGUGAAAUGCAUCAGGAACACCCCUGCCUACUUUGCAGAAAGGCUCCACAAGGCCAUGCAGGGAGCAGGAACCAUGGACACGACCCUCAUCCGCAUCAUGGUGUCCCGCUCUGAGAUAGACAUGUUGGACAUCAGACAGGCGUAUGUGAAGACUUAUGGAAAAUCCCUGUACACUCACAUCUCAGGUGAUUCCUCCGGGGAUUACAAGAAGCUGCUGAUCAAGCUGUGCGGAGGUAACGACUAAAAGGAAAGGAAGAUGAGCAUUCAUAAGGGCAAAAUAUAUGUCCACACUGAAACAAUGUUAUAGGACUUUAUAUCACCUCUGAUGCAUGCAAUGAUACAACAGUCGAUCAAUAUUAGUUUUGUACUCUCUUCAGUGACAUGAUAGAUUUUGUUUUCUUCUACUAUAUUGUAGUAGAUGUUUGCCAAAUAGUAAACGCAUAUUAAUAUGAUUUGUUUUGUUUUGAGACGUCGUAGAUAGCUUUAUCAUUAUUGGGUAAAAGUGAGUCCUAAAUGAGAAAUUAAACUAUAUUAUAGAACAGUAUUUAAAAUGUCCAACAAACUGCUUAACUGCAAUUAUUAAAGAACUUAAUUGAAGGAAAACAUUUAUUUUAAGAAACAUUAAAGAUGCAGAACAAGUGUCACGUUGAUCUAAUAUACAAAGUACAUAUAGAAGGAAAUAUUUAGCACAUUACUAAUACAUUUAUUGUUUCUGUGUUACUGCGGUAAAGUUUACCUCACUGCAAGCAUUUCAACUGUGUACAAGUUAAUAUAUAUAUACAAAGUUUUGUGAGACUUAUGCAAGAUUUGACAAAUGGUGUAUGACUGAAUCUCACACAGAACACAUAUGAUCUUUUAAUGCUUGUUAAACUUGCCACAAUUAAAUCCUCGCUUAUUUUUGAAUGUAAGAAGAAAAAAAAAAACAAUCUCCAAAAAUGCAUCUCUUAUCUCUUUAACUCCUGCUUGUAAGUCUAUGCAAAUGAGCUUUUCACUUUAUAUUCUCUUAUCAGCGUUACAAAAGUCUUCUGUGUUCUUUAAAAUGUAAACCUUUUCAAUCGUCGCUUCAACAUUUAGAGACAAGGUUGCCUUUUUCCUGAAAGCUGAAAAGCCAAAGCUUAAAGACCGAUCAUUUUGUGCCUUUUGUCAGGGCCGCCAUAUAAACUUCAGCGCUCACUGCGGUUUAUCUUGCAAACAAUCUAUAAUCAAAGUUGCAGAAAUGAAAUACUUGCAUUGUUUAGUUGUCAAUGUUUUCUUUUUAUAGCUUCCUUUACCAGUUUGUAUGUUUUACUGCCAGUAGAGGGCUCUUGAUUCACGUGAAAUGUAAUUUCUUAUGUCUGCUGCCUUAGAGUAUCUGUUGCACUAACACUACCUUGCGAUCGUCCUUGUAACAUGAUGAUGGUUGAAAUUCAAUGGAUGUGUUUUUAGUUCUCUAACAUGUGUCAUGAUAGUCCCAGUCUCCUGAGACAGCCACUUUACAUUUCAUUAAAAAAACAAAAACAUGUUGGCAUA